AUGAAAUCACGACAAGUUGGUCAAUGUUUAGUAUGUAAUGAUGCUGCUGUUGGUAUUAACUUUGGUGUACCAACAUGUAUGCCAUGUAAAGCAUUUUUUCGACGAAAUGCUGUUAAACUUGGCAGAAUUGAUUUUAUUUGUCAAGAAGACGGUGAUUGUCCAGUAACAUAUGAAUCUCGUCGUAUAUGUAAUUGUUGUCGAUUAGCAAAAUGUUUUCGUGUUGGAAUGCAAAAAUCAUUAAUUCUAUCUGAAGCUCAGAGAUUAGCACGAAAAGAACUUGUUCAACAAAAUCGACAAAAACGUGCGCAAUUAAUAAUACAAAAUUUAAGUUUAGUACGUACAACAUAUCUAUAUAUAAAAACAUAUAGAAAAAAUAUAUAA